GGCGAGGCCGAGGCGGUCGGGGCCCGUUUCAAACCGGCGGUCGCUGGGCCGCGGCCCGGCUCGAGAUGGCGGAGAGCGACAGGGCGGAGGCGGCCGCGCCGCGCCGAGCCGAGGAGGCGGCCGGCCAGGCGCCACAGCCGGCGCCGCAGCAGCAGCAGCAGCCGGCACCGCAACAACAGACGCCGCAACAGCCGCCGCAGGAUGAGGAGGCGGCGGCGGCCGCGGCACCCGGUAGCGGCGCGGGCAGCGCAAAUGGCGUCAAAAUGGAUAAUGAUGAGACAGCAAAAGAAGGGAAAGCACCUGUGAAAGAAAAGUUCGUUGCAAAAGCAAAGGCAAUCCCUUCUCUUGGAAACAAGAAUAAAUUCCACCCCUAUGCAAAGGAGAAGAAUGCAGGCUCUGGAGACAAGAAGGCUGUUAAUCGCAAUAGAGUUUUUAUUAGCAACAUCCCGUAUGACAUGAAAUGGCAAGCUAUUAAAGACCUGAUGAGAGAGAAAGUUGGUGAGGUUACAUACGUGGAGCUGUUUAAGGAUGCUGAAGGAAAAUCAAGGGGUUGUGGUGUGGUUGAAUUCAAAGAUGAAGAAUUUGUUAAGAAGGCAUUAGACACUAUGAACAAAUAUGAUCUUAGUGGAAGACCCCUGAAUAUUAAAGAGGAUCCUGAAGGGGAACAUGCUCGUAGGGCACUGCAGCGGGGAGGAGGGCAGUUUCCAGGAGGACAUGGACCUGAUGCAGCACCUGGAAUGAUGAAUUUACCACCUUCUAUUCUCAAUAAUCCAAACAUUCCUCCUGAGGUUAUCAGUAAUUUGCAAGCAGGCAGGCUUGGAUCCACGAUUUUUGUUGCCAAUCUUGACUUCAAAGUUGGCUGGAAGAAACUGAAGGAGGUAUUCAGCAUUGCUGGAACUGUGAAGCGUGCAGACAUCAAAGAAGAUAAAGAUGGCAAGAGUCGAGGAAUGGGGACAGUUACCUUUGAACAAGCAAUUGAAGCUGUUCAAGCAAUAUCUAUGUUCAAUGGGCAAUUCCUGUUUGAUAGACCCAUGCAUGUAAAAAUGGAUGACAAAUCAGUUCCUCAUGAAGACUUCCGUGUUGUGGACAGCAAAAGCUCACAAUUACCUCGUGGUCUUGGUGGCAUUGGUAUGGGACUUGGACCAGGUGGACAGCCCAUCAGUGCAACACAGCUGAGCAUGGGUGGUGGAAUGGGGAGCAUGGGUCCAGGAGGUAUGGGAAUAGACGGCCCAGGAUUUGGUGGAAUGAGUAGAAUGGGAGGCGGACUUCCUGGAUUUCGUGGAAUGGAAGGAAUGCCUAACAUGGGAGGAUUUGGAGUCAACCGAAUGGGAGAAAUGUUCCGUGGUGGAAUGGGAGCAAACAUGGAAAGAGAAUUUGGUCGUGGUGACAUGGCAUUGAACCGUGGUUUUGGAGAGUCUUUUGGAAGGAUGGGUGGUGCAAUGAUUGGUGUUUUUGCAGGAGGAAUGGGAGCACCUAGCAUGGGCCCAGUAAGAUCUGGAAUGAGUGGUGGCAUGGGUGGUAUGAACAAUAUGGCUGGAGGAAUGGGAAUGGAUCGGAUGGGUUCCGGUUUUGAUCGAAUGGGACCUGCCAUGGGUGGAGGCCUGGACAGGAACAUGGACAUCGAUCGAGGAUUUGUGCCUGGCCCGAUGGGAGGUGGCAUGAGAGAGAGAUUGGGCUCCAAAGGCAACCAGAUAUUUGUGAGAAAUCUUCCUUUUGACUUGACCUGGCAGAAGCUAAAGGAGAAAUUCAGUCAAUGUGGUCAUGUAAUGUUUGCAGAAAUAAAAAUGGAGAAUGGAAAAUCAAAGGGCUGUGGAACAGUCAGAUUUGACUCACCAGAAUCUGCUGAAAAGGCCUGUAGGAUAAUGAACGGCAUAAAAAUCAGUGGCAGAGAAAUUGAUGUCCGCUUGGAUCGCAAUGCAUAAUUUAAAACCGUGUGUUCAGGAACAUUCCUAUGUCUGUUUAGCUUCUCUGUCUUAGUAAGUCAUUUUUAGUAACAUUGUAUGCUUACAAAAGCUGUAAAAAGGAACUUUUAAAUCCCACCAGCCUUUAACAGUAUAGUGUUUAAUAUACUGUGAUACUUGUUAACUGAAUCUUACUAUGUUUGGUUUUUAAAGACAAUUCGCCUGAUUUUUGUUGUUUUUUUAGAGGCACUGAGCACCUGCAGGUCCCUAUAGACUGGGGAUGCUUUGGAUGCUCAGCGCCUUUGGAAAAUUAGGCCAAGUGUCUCUAGUCAUUCAGUUUAAAUGAAUGGUUAUACUGUUUUUAAUAAAAUAAGCCAUUUUCUCUGUUAAUCUCCAGAUUGCAUAGUGGGAUUUAUUUAGUGUUUUCUGAUCUUUUUUUUUUCCCCGCCAAAUGUGUGUUAUCAACAUUGUAAUGUAAGAAGUAGAUGUCUUUUUCAGAAUUUUGGUUUUAUAUGUGCGUUGUAGUCAUACUGUAAUUCUUGACUCUAAAAGAAAGGGCUCCAAUUAGGCUGUGAUGUUUUUGUUCUACUUAAUAUUACUUUAAUGACAUGACUUAGUUCUGUAUAUAAGAUGUAGAGCCCAAUGGGAGUUUGGAGUGGGUUUUUUAAAUUUUAUUUUGACUAAAUGAAGAAACUGAUCUUUUUCUCCUGCUUUUAUUUUUUUCAUCAGCAUAAUCACUGAUUAAAACUAGUUACCACAGACCCUUGUAGGAUUGUUUCCUAUGAUGCCAAGUUCAUAUAAAAUUGAUAAUACAGUAAAUACUAAGUACAGGACAAGACAAAUUGUUCCCAAUUUUUUAUCUAUUUUCCAGCCAUUCAGGUGAACUGCCAGAAAAAUAAAACCAACAGAACAAAUAAGAGAAAUGGCUGUGUAUGUCAGACCACUGCUGUUCACUUCUAUGGGUCCUGCUGUAUUUAUGAAGGCAGUUUUUAUAAACCAGGGUAUUCCCAAACAGAGCAUAUCAAAUACAUUGGAUCCUACAAUGUUAGACAUAGCCAUAUCUCCAUUUCCUGUAAAAGAAGAAAUACAAAUAAGUUGGCUUAAUUGUAUUGCAUGAAAUUGCCAAACUGUUUUGGAGGAACAGACUGCCAGCCCUCAGUUUGUCACAGAGGACCCUUUUCAGAUUUUGCAUUGGAAGAACUAUAGUCCCGAUUCUACAGAACAUGGGUACCACAACCAUAAAAAGUCUCCCUAAAUCACCAGCAUCUGCACAGUGGCACUUAAAAUUAAGAUAGGCUAUUAUAAAGUCCAGUUAUGUUUAAAAUACUGAGGCCUACAUUUGUGUUCUGCAGUAAAACUGUAAUGCAUAAUCAACAACAAAUAAACCAAUCUAGAAUACUUCUCUGAGGUACUCUGAGAAGUUUUUAAAUGUCUGAGCCACAGCUUUUUCAGGUAAGCUAUUUAUUUAUUUUUAGUAAACUUCAGCUCUAGAAUCUGAAGCAUGGAUUUUGAGGUUACUCCUUGAAUUUAUCAAAAUGUUGACUAGAAUUCUUUCUUUUUGUAGUACCUUUUUAAAACACAUCCAGUGGCAUGGGCCUAAAUUCUAAAAUCUUUACCUUUUCGAGCCACCAGCACACUUGCAACUGUAUCUGGUACACUCGUUCCUGCUGCGAGUAACGUGAGACCCAUGACUGACUCUGGGAUUCCCAGCGUUUCACCUGCAGUUGAGAAAUAAGGGUAGAAAAUGUAAGUGUGGUUUUAGUUAGGGCUCAUCCACAGAAAGUGCUUUGGACUUUGUUUGCUGGAGAAUGAAUGAAUAAUCAUACAGUAGUUUCAUAUGGAAUGUAUCAGCUACCUUAACUACAUGUGAGGUGACUGAACCACAAAGCAGUUAAAACAAAAAGUAACAACAAA